AUGAAGAUUAGUAGUAAGGCGUCUUUGCUGGUUUCUAUUUUAUCACUAGGUGGUUCAAUUGAUAAUGGCAUUGCUGAUGCUUUUCCAAUCAAUAAAACAGGCAAAAGAUAUGUUAAACUAGAUUUUGAUAAGUUCAUUGGUGACUCAUAUGAGGAUAGUAGUGCCAAUAACAAACCAUAUGGUCUUUUACGUAAAAGAGACGAUAGUAGUGAAGUUUUGUUUGAAAUUAAGAAUCAACAAAGUUUUUAUUCAGUCGAAUUAUCCAUUGGUACCCCUUCCCAAAAUGUUACUGUUUUGUUAGAUACUGGGUCUAGUGACUUGUGGGUUGUUGGUAGCAACAAUCCAUACUGUCAAGAGGGCAGUAGUAACAACAGUAGUAAAGAAGUUAGCAUUGAUGAACUCGUUUCCGCUAUUAGUAGCAUGGAUAAUGAGAAAUUUAGGAAAUUAGAUAAUGAUGAUUUCAGAUUUAUUGUUAACGACAAUAGAAAUGAUAUUAUUGAUUUAAUUGAAGAUGAUUACAAAAUGAAACAAAAAAGGAGUGAGUUGAUUGAAACAAUUUCAUUUAACUUAGACGAUUUACACAAGAGACAGACUUUAAUUGAUUUAAUUGAGGAUGAUAUUAAUUAUUUGGAUUCCACCAAGAGGGAAGACUUAUUAAGUUUUAUUGAUGAGAAAAUAAAAGACUCUCCCUCCUUAUAUUCUGAAAGAGAUAUAAUUGAUGUUAUUGAACAAGGUCUAGAUAAAAUUGAUUUAAAAUUAGAAAAAAGGGAGAAUUUAUUGAACUUUGUAUCUCAAGAAAUUAAAAACAGAGCUGAUUUGGUUCACUAUAUUGACGAAUUAGAUAACACCAACAAGGAUAAUAAACUAUUAUUAGAAAAAAGAAAAAAUGUCGUUAAUUUGGUUGAUUUAGGUUUAACUCGUUUACAGUUGCAAAACAAAGAAGAUUUAAUUAAUUUAAUUGAUGAAAGUUUAAAUAAAAGAAGUUUUUUUAAUUUGUUUAAGGCACUUGGUGAUGCUAUUGAUGAAGGAUUUGACAAAGCCAAGGACAAGAUUACCAAGGGUGACAAAGCUGCUGAAGAAGCUUUAGAUGAUAUUUUUAAGAGAAGUUUCUUUAGUGAUCUUGGAGAUGAUAUUAAAGGUGGUAUUGAUGAAGGAUUUGACAAGGCCAAGGACAAGAUCACCAAGGGUGACAAGACUGCUGAAAAGGCUUUAGAUGAUAUUUUCAAGAGAGAGGAUAUUAUUGAUCUUAUUGAAAAUGGACUAGGUAUACAUACGGACAAAAGGUCUGUCACAAAUAGCGUCGAGGGCGUGGAAAAAGAUGCAGUAUCUGAUUUUUGGAGUGAAUUUUCCACUUUCUUAGCAAGCCAGACUUUAGGCCAAGCCUCAACGACUGUAGGUAGUGUCAGUAGCACCUCUAGUUCUAGUGACUAUACAUAUUGUAAAUUAUAUGGUACUUUUAAUCCUAAUAAUUCCGAUACUUUUAAAUCUAACGAUACGGAUUUUUACAUUGUUUACGGUGAUGAUUCCUUUGCAUUAGGGAAUUGGGGUACAGAUGUUGUAGGUAUCAAUGGUGUUAGUCUAGAUGGUUUAACUUUUGCGGUUGCAAAUACUACUAAUUCCACUGUUGGUGUUUUGGGUAUUGGUUUACAGGGGCUGGAAGUCACUUAUACUGGCUAUACUGCUCAAUCUGUUGGUAAAUCUUAUACAUACAAUAAUUUGCCGGCACUUUUGAAGUCCAGUGGUGAUAUUGAUGUCACAGCUUAUUCUUUGUUUUUGAAUAAUGAUACAGCUUCCACAGGAUCGAUUUUGUUUGGUGCAGUUGAUCAUUCUAAAUAUUCAGGACAAUUGUAUACUGUACCAAUCGUUAACAUUUAUUCGAGUAAGAAUAUUAAUUCAGCUAUCGAGUUUGAUAUUACUUUGCAAGGUAUUGGUUUCUCCAAUGGUAAAAAGAAUUCUACAUAUUCAACUACUAAAGUGCCAGCCUUGUUAGAUUCUGGUACCACCAUGGUGUACUUCCCUGAGGCUUUGGCCGAAAUUGUUGCUGAUGGUUUAGGUGCUACUUACAGUUCUGAAUUGGGAGUCUAUUUGUUGGAUUGCAACUCUGUUGAAGACAGCGAUAAUUUAGUAUUUGAUUUUGGUGGUUUCCUUAUCAACUCUCCGUUGAAUAAUUUUAUUUUUUCCACCAAUAGUGACACAUUAUGUGCAUUUGGUAUUAUUCCUUCUGAUGAUGACUAUAUCAUUUUAGGUGAUUCGUUCUUGCAAACUGCUUAUGUUGUUUAUGAUUUAGACAACUUGGAGAUUUCUUUGGCCGAGGCGGAUUAUAGUAAUAGCGAGGAGAAUAUUGAUGUUAUUAAAUCAUCUGUUCCCUCUGCUAUUAAAGCACCAAACUACUCUAAUAGUUGGUCUAGCUUUGCUAGUGGUUAUAACACCGGUGGUAAUAUUUUUACUGUUACUACCCAAGCAGCAUCAUCUAGUGCUGGAUCUUCUAGUGUGAACGCUACUUCAAGCGGUUCUUCUGUUAAUGCUAGUGGAAGUGUUACCGCUAGUGGAACUGUUUCUGCAUCUAGCUCAAUAACUACUGCUACUUCAUCCACCACUACCUCGAGUUCUAAGACUGGUAAUGGUAGUAAUAAAUCUGUAGCUGGCUGGGGUACUAUUUGGACAUUAAUAGCUUUAUUAUUGGCUGCUUUCAUUUAG